CGAGGAGUCCACCGUACCGCCAGCGAGGUCAUGGAACGUCGGCUCCGGCCAAUCGCGCCCAAACCCAUGCCGCCGCUGAUGCCCACUGGCGCCGCGGCGACCAGCGUGCUGUGGCGGGCGCGCAAGCGCGGCCGCGACGAAGACCGUCUCCUUUUGUCCCCUCCGCUGUCAAAGAGGGAGACGGAGAGGGAGGCGGCGGGGGCGUCGUCUUACCCUAACCCUCAACCUCCAGCCUCGGCGGCCCCCGUGGCGGCGACGAGGAGAGGACGACGGUACGUGCCUAUGCCCGAGGGUCUUCUUACAGGCUGUGAGGAGCGGCUCCGGAGGCUCUCGCUCGUGGCGGGGUCGUCUCCAGCGGCUGCCUUGCCGUGGCCGGCUGCGGCGGCGGCGCCAUCGUCAUCGGACGCGGCGACGACGAGGCGGGUGUUCCCCGUGGAGCGCGACCUGAUCUCGAAGCUGCAGGUGCCCAAGGUCAUCAGGCCUCGCCCCGCUCGCCCUCUGUGGACCACCAUCUGCAUCGACUCCAGCAACAUCGCCGUCGUCGGUAGCGGCCCGGAGACGGCGGCGUCUGCGUCCAACAAGACGGCGAGGGAGGUGGAGGCCGAACUGGAGCUCCCGGGCGCGCUCCCGGCCGUCGUGUCGGGCCCCCGCAACCGUGUCCACCUGGUGAACGACGCGUACAAGGCUAUGGUGGGACAGCCCGUGUGCCCGUGGCUCGACGCGCUGCCGGGCGCCGGCGCGUCGAGGAGGAUCAACGGCAUCGUGGCGCUGGACGUGCGGACGUUCGGCCCGGCGCCACGCCUGCCGAAGAAUGCCGGGUCAUCAUCAGACGCCUUCCCAUGCACCGCAAGGAUCACGUGGGAGCACGGUGGCGGCAGCGCCAUCGCCUCCCUCACCGUGCCGUGCGCCGUCGAGCACCUGGCCGGCGGAUCCGGUGACUAUCGCUUCAUCUGGAGGUUUGACUCCAGCAGAGCGUCCAUCAUCUACUGCAUCGCGUGACAAACUAGCUAGCUAGGCCAUUUAUUUACGAUUCAUGCUUUGUUUCCAUCGCAUGGGCUGUUAUAUAUGCUGGUCACUGAAGCUGCAAAAUAGCGCGUUAGGUGAUGGAUCGUUGGUUCGUUUUGUCUCUAGCUAGCGCGCCAGUGUUGAUUAAAUUGGAUGCAUGUCACCGAAAUAAUUAAUGUGCACAUCCAAGC